AUGGCAAAAUACCUUCUAAAUAGGUUUCACAUCAAAUUAGACAUAAAAAGUGCUUAUGAAAUAUGUGAUGAGGAAAAGGUCGAUAACUUACGACUUCAAAUUGCAAAAAGACACCAUAAUAAAAAAGAAUACGAGAAAGCUUGGACUAUUUUUUCUGAUAUUUAUACUUGUAAAUUCAGGACAGACCAUUAUUUAAGCAAAAAAUCGCAUGAUACACAUAAGCAUACUGCUAAAUUUUGGAUGACAAUUUAUGUUUUAGAAGGAUAUUAUCGUGAAAUACAAACCGAAAUAGAUAUAAAUUUUAAAUAUUUAUAUUUGCUUAAAAAAGCAAGAACUUUACAUGAGAAAAAAAAUUAUGUUAAAGCAUGGAAUCUCUUAGCAGAAGUAAGUGAAAGUAAAACUGAAUAUUCUUAUGACGCUAAAUAUUGGAGUGCAAUUUGCCUUUUAAAUGGGCAUGAUGGUUAUGUCAAACAAGAUGAGAAACGUGCUUAUGAAUAUUUUAAAGCAGUUUUUACUCGCCUUUCAAAUAUUAACACUACAGAGAAUACAUCUAGUUCUAUAAUUGAUAACAAUUUAAGCUAUUUUAGUACUAGACUAUUAGAUUAUCAUUUAUGCUUUAAAUUUAAUUAUGACAUGAAACCAGAGCCAAAUUUUAGAGAAUUG